UGUGAGAUUUCUGGCAGAAUUCUGUAGAACAGUUUCUGUGUAAGUGGAAAUGUUCAAAGUUAAAAGGGCGUUCAAGAAGAAGGGUUGAACACUGACUGGACUUCUCAUCAACAUAGUACUGAGUAGACACAGAAGAAUUUUUGCACAAGAUUGAAGAAAGGGCUAGUUCUGCAUUCAGAUUUGGUGGAGCUCUUUAAAUAUGGGAGAAAAUAAGCAAUUGGAGGAUGGUCAGGAUAUAAGAUACACAUGGAGGAUUAGGAAUUUCUCUAGUUUAAAUGAAUCCAAGAUUUACUCUGGAAUAUUUGAGGUCAGCGGAUGUAGGUGGAGGUUAUCGGCAUACCCAAAAGGAUGUAAUGUUAAAGAACAAUUGUCUGUGUAUCUUGAAGUUGCUGAUAUAGAUAGCUUACCAGAUGGAUGGAGUAGAACAGCCAAGUUCUCUAUAAAUCUGAUUAACCAGACGGAUAGCACGAAGUCUAUCACGAGAAAAACAGAUCAACAAUUCAAAAAGGAGGAUCCUGACUGGGGCUUCGCCUCCUUUUUUCAUCAUAGUGAACUACAUAAACAAAAUGGUGGUUAUCUCGUUGGUGGGACAUGUGUGAUUGAAGCUGAAGUGUCCGUGACUGAUGUCUUCCCUGUUUCCACAGAUGAACCUUCUGAUUCUUUCGUUCCUAUUGAUCAGAGCAUGAAUAUACUGAGUGAUGCAGAAUCUAUUUACACCAAGGCUGAAUCCCUUCUCAAGUCAAUAUCAAAGGAACCAACUCGUUCAGUACCCGAUCCGACAAGUACAGUACCUUCGUUUAAAGACCAUGCAGUUGCUAAAGGACGCUUUAACAAGCUGAUUUCGUUUCCUUUAAAUGAUUUGGUCGACUCGGAGCAUGAAACUGCAAUGAUAGAGACUCUGUCAAUACUUGGUGACAAUCUCUCUUCGUUUUCUGAUGACCAGGCAGAACAAAUUAAGCAGCUGAAAGCUGAUUUCCCCAUAACUAAACAGAAGUGGAGAGACUCGGUUCGAGUUAAGUUCAAUUGUGAACGUUCAUUGUCCAUUUUUGAGAAAACCAAGAAUUUGCUCGAAGUUUCAGUCAAAAACGAAAAUGGAAUAAAGACUGAACUGGAAGAGUUGAAGAACAGAGAAAACGAACUGAACGUAGAGCUCAAGAAACUUCAAGAUGAUAGCCGACGGCUCGUGAUGGAACGGUUAGAAUUAUCAAAGCAGACACAACAAAUUUAUGCUUUUGCUGAGGAGCAGGCUGGCAAAAUUAAAGGCACCGAGGAGGAGAUGAGUGCAGCAAACAAGAAUUUAGAGGAUUUGAAAUCUAACUGGGAAUCCAUGAAGUCUCUCUUAGUUUAAGACUGAGCUUCUGGACCUGCAACAUAUAAAUAUAGUGUGGAUUUUGUGGUGUGGUGUGGUGUGUUGAUGCGGUGUUGUGUUGCUGGUUUUCUUUGCUUUUGUUUAGUGUUCUGUCUCCAAUAAAUAUGGUGCAAAUAGUUCUGCUUCCGUUGGAAUUCUGAUUGCAUCAAAACUUUCUGC